AAAACGAAAUCCACAGCCCUCGAAUAUAUCACCUUGCAUUGUAUACUGCAUCUCCAUCCAGCUCCAGAUUCCCCUCUUAUGGAGAUUCCAUCCCUCUUCAUCCUCGCCGUCGCCUGCUUCGGCUUCAUCACUCUCUCCAAAUUCCUACUAAAAAUCCUCUCAUCGACAUGGUCCACAUUCAUCCGGCCGGAAAAGGAUCUGAGAUCGUACGGCGCCUGGGCGGCAAUCACCGGCUCCACCGACGGCAUCGGGAAAGCAAUAGCGUUCGAUAUCGCAGCGAGAGGCCUCAAUCUCGUCCUAAUCGGCCGGAAUCCUUCGAAACUGGAGGCGACGUCGCGAGAAAUCCGGCAGAUUCACGGCGAGGUGAAGGUGAAAACCGUCACGGUCGAUUUCUCCGGUGCCUGGCGAAACGGGGAGGAGAUGGCGCGAUACGUGGAGGCAGAAAUUAGGGGUUUAGAUUUGGGGAUUUUGAUUAAUAACGCGGGAUUAGCGUAUCCGUACGCAAGAUUCAUGCACGAGGUGGAUGAUAGGUUGAUGGAGAGCGUGGUCGGAGUGAAUUUGGCGGCGUUGACGUGGAUUACGAGGGCGGCGGUGGCGGGGAUGAUGGAGAGGGGAAGAGGCGCGAUUGUCAACAUUGGAUCGGGCUCCUCCGCUUGCCUUUCGUCGUAUCCGCUUUACACGGUGUACGCCGCCACCAAAGCAUAUGUGACAAUGCUGUCAAAAAGCAUGAAUUUGGAGUAUAAACAAUAUGGAAUUGAUGUGCAAUGCCAGAUCCCAAUGUUGGUGGCAACAAAAAUGUCAUCUAUAAAGAAAGCAUCACUAUUCACUCCAUCUGCAGAGACAUACAGCAAGGCUAGCAUGAGAUGGAUUGGCCAAAGUGAUGCCAUCUGCAUACCUUAUUGGCCUCAUGCAUUGCAGGCCUUCCUGAUCUCCUUCUUCCCCAACCAACUUGUUGACAACCUUGUCUUCAGAUAUUUCGUCGGGAUGCGGGCCCGUGGCCGGAGGAAGGAUCAGAAGCUUCACUCGACUAAGCUUAACUAAACCGUGAUCUUUCAAAUUGUAAAUUGGAAAGUGUAUGACUUCAUUCUGAAUUGUUCACUCUACCAAGUACCAACUAGCUUGAUUGGAUUUUUUUUUUUAAUUAUCAAGGGUGUCCACCGGUGAUCCUAGUGAUUAA